UUUUCCUGGUCCACUACAGACGUGAGCUGCUGGAGCGACUGGAAGCAGCAAGGAAAACGAAACUCAACUCUGCGGACUCGCAGGAGCAUUGUCGUCUCCACUCUGUCCAGGAAACUUGUGCCCUGUGGUCUUUUCCCCUCAGCUUGAAUGGGUGGAUUGCCAUCUUAUUCAAUUUUUGGGCCAGUUUGACAAACUAAAGAGCAUCAAAAAGAGAGAGUUAAAACUGUCCAUCUGACUUUUCGCAAGAAAGAAUUCUACUCAUCAACCCCAAACAACAGUAGGAAGUGAUUCGGAAUGUGGCUUUGGCCAAUAAUGACUCUUUAUGCCUUGGGAAUGUUUCCCAGCCAGGCUACAUCUUCAACAGGUGAUUCAACACAAAUGUAUUAUGCUGACCUUGAGGUGGACGAGGGAGCUUCGCAGAACAUCACGGAUCUUCUGCCUAAAUUACUCCCAUUUAUCUUGGUGUUGAACAGCAGCAGCGCCACCGUUAAUGUGACGUACUCCAACAUCACAACAGCAUGUGACAUUCGUGGAGAGAAAUCCAUUUGCCACUGUGAUUCACAGUAUGACUGGGACCCGUCAGUGUGUGAUUUAUAUCCAGGGUGCUGCAAUCAAUAUGAAUGCAUUUCAAAUUCAUCACUGGCCAUCCCAGUAUGUCUGCCUAAGUCGAGAGUUACUGUCACCGGAUCACUUACUUUGGGACUGCAAUUUACCCCUGACCUGAAUAACCCAGCCACAACAUACUAUCAAACCAUGGUGCAACAAGUGCAAACCAAUCUAAGCCAAAUCUACAGUCAAUGUAGCGGAUUUGAUUCCCUGACAAUCAUUGGCUUCAGGAGUGGAAGCGUCAUCGUUGACUUUCAGAUGAUAUUGAACGUCCCGCUGAAUUCAGCCCAAUUUGUGAAUAUGACGAGCACCUUGGAGUACAAGCUGAGUGGCAGCUUACAAGUCGCAACCAUCGGAAUGGUUACAGGUCAAGCACCACAGGGACCGUUAUGUUAUAAUACGAGCUACACUUUGGGGUGUGACUUAGGUGAUACGACCUUUGGUAAUUGCUAUUGGACGUUGACUCAAGGAAACAACACUGUGAAUAUUGUAACUGGGACUGAGGUGACUCUCGGUUUCCCCUGUAGUCUUACUCUUCUGAAAACAUCCAAACUUUGGAAAGGUAAUUACACAUGCAGUUUUUCCAAGGGUUCCCUUACUCACAAAGCCAUCAUAGAUGUGGACAUAGCAUUGCUACCAGAGGAAAUUCAAAUAUCCAGCAGUCCUCAGUACCCGGAUUGCUCCACCAACCCUAACCCUAUAUUGGUCCCCGUUUCCUGUGCCAUACAGAAUAGCAGCGAAAAUUACAAUGUAACUUGGAAUACCACUGGAUGUGACAUUACAAAAAAUUAUCCCGAUGUGGUGAACACAUUAUUUAACCUCCGCAUAUCUAACGUGACAGUGAACAUCAAUUGUAGCAAUCUUUCUCUUGUGGAUCCCACAGUCACCUGCACAUAUACAAAUAGAAAAAGCCAAGUAAAAAAUGCCACAGUCACAAUACCUGUCAUUUACAAGGGUACCACUGUUUGUAAACCCGAAGCCCCCUGGUCUAAAGCAAAGUACAACACCACUGCCACACUGCCGUGCCCCGCAAGCAUCCCAGCAGUUGGAAGCUUGACGCGGAAUUGCUCUGGAACUGGUGAUUGGGGUCAAAACCAGUCGACUUGUGUUAAUCUGCAACUGUACAGUAUUCUCCAAGAUGCUUUGAACUUACAAAAAGGAUAUGGGGACUUUGUUACGGGUGCCUUCAACAUUUUUGGUUCUUUAAAAAAUUCUACUGGCAAUAGUAGCGCUAUCAAUACGCAUCAAAACAUUAAUGCAUCUGUAAAUAUUCUAUCAAUCGUGGGGAAUGCUACAUCACCAAAUGUAACGUUAAAUGACUCCAUCUUGCCUACUUUGCUGUCUUCUGCAAGCAAUUUGUUGGAAGAAUCCCUGCAUGACGCAUGGACUCCGAAGAAUAGGAAUAACGUGUAUGAGUACCUAUCUGUUCUGUACCUGUGGUCCAUGGAAAAGCUAAUACAAACUGUAGAACUCAAUUCAUCUUCCACUAGCAGCGAUAACUACCACCCAAACGUCCAACUCACAAGCUUCAGUGGUAAUCAGACAAAUUGUAACAAUAUCGUGUUCAACGUAUCAGUCAGCACACCGGGCCAAACCAGUGGAAGUGUAAACAUAAUUGGGUACAGAACUCUGGUUAACCUCCUGCCCAGUAUUCCCAAUAUGAAUUUAAAUAGCAUUGUAAUGUCAACAGUGAUGCAAAACAGUAGCCUGGCAAAGGAGAUCGCUAUCAAUUUCUCAUUGAUCAAUGAAAGGCCACCGGAUUAUGAGAUGCUUUGUGUUUUUUGGAAUUUUUCUACCAUGACGUGGUCGGAUGAAGGCUGUUAUUGGAACAAAACAAGUUCAAAUGAACAGAUGAUUUGUAUAUGCAACCAUCUCACUUCAUUCUCAACGCUCAUGUCAAAAUCACCAAUAGAACUUCCAUACCUGGAUCAAAUAACCUACGUCGGUUUGGCCGCCUCAGUCUCUUCCCUGAUUGUCUGUCUUGUAAUAGAAUUUAUGGUAUGGAACACAGUUGUCAAGUCAAACGUCUCUCAUUUCCGUCACACCGCCCUGGUCAACAUCUCGUUGUGUCUGCUAAUGGGAGACACUGUCUUCUUGGUCAAUUCCUUUUACCAAAGCCCAAAGUGGUGUGGCACUUUCACGGUUAUUAAGCACUUCUGCUACCUGUCGAUGUUUUUUUGGAUGCUCUGUUUAAGCACCAUGCUUCUUCAUCAGCUCAUUUUUGUCUUUCACCAAAUGAGAAAGAAGGUCUACCUGACUAUUUCUAUUUCCAUAGGCUAUGUCUGCCCUUUGAUAAUAGUCUUGCUGACCUACAAGAUCUACAACGAUGGAGCUGAAGAUGUCUAUUAUAAUGCCAAGAGUUGUUGGUUGAACUAUAAAAGUCCAUUUAAUGGUUCAAUCCAUGCUUUUAUUUUCCCGGUUUUAACAAUAGUUUUAAUUAACUUCUUUUCUAUGAUGGUGGUCAUUACCAAACUCCUGAGACCACAAGUGUCAGAGGGUAGCAAAGGAGAUCAGAAGGAGAUGGCCAAAAGCAUUCUGAAAGCCAUCGUUUUCUUAACACCUGUUUUUGGAAUAACUUGGAUUUUGGGGUUUUUUGUACUGGUCUUUGACCUCACAGAAGGAUUUUGGGCAUAUUUUGUCAACUACGCUUUUACCAUAAUAAAUUCGUUACAGGGAGUUUUAAUUUUGCUUACUGGAUGUUUUGGAGAGAAAAAGGUUCGAGAUGCCCUACUACAGCGUUUCAUCUCACCGACAACAAACCCGUCGAAAAAUGAGAACUCUACAAAAGGGUCAUCAAUUAAAAAAUAAAUGUUCUUCACUUUCAGAAAGACUGCAGUGAGGAUUUACAAAUAACAGCGCCAAGACAUACAUCAAAUUAGAUAUAGAUUAGAUGAAAACAAUUCAGUUGUGUUUAUUUUAAAAUACUCAUCGUUUUGUAUAAACAGACAUUAACUGCCUUACAUUAUAAUUUUAUGAAAACCUGUAUCUUACACAGAGCAAUAUAGCCGAGUUUUCUUUAUGUGGGUCAUAUCAUCAUAUAAAUAUAUAAGGAUUUACGUGACUUUGGGAAAUUACAAAGUAUAUUUCCCAUUUAAAUUUUGUUUCAGAAUUAAUUUUGUGUAAUUUUGAUUAAUUUGCCUCUUUUUGUGAGCAUUUCAGAAUGAUAAAAGAAUUAAAAUAUAUAGCAUUGUUCUUGACAAUCUGUACACUGUGAAAUGCUUUUUAAAUGGUCUGUUAAGGUAAUGUAACAGCAUUCAAAACUUUUAUAUGGUUGCUGACGAAAUAUGCUGGAAAUCUACUUACUGGAAACUGUUGGAGUAAAUAUGUAAAUAUACAGCUUUGUUGAUUUGAAAUUACGUGACAGUAAGUUAGUUUCCAACUAUAUGCUUAUAAAUUAGAAAAAAAAACUGUUGUACAAAUGAUUAUAUAA